AUGUCAAAUAAUAACAAACAAGAAAAAGGUGGAUGUUGUGGUGGAGGUUCUGCUGAAGCAAAUAAAAACCAAAAUCAAGGAAGUGUUAUAAUUAAUAAUAAUAAUGAUAAUAAAAAUAAGUUUGAUAAAGGUUUUAAAUUAGUAUUAUUAGGCGAAAUGAAUACCGGUAAAACCUGUAUUUCAUCAAGAUUAGUUAGAAACGAAUUUGGACCAACUGAUUCAACCAUUGGUGCCGCAUUUUUAGUUAAAAGUAUGGUUGUAGAUAAUAUAAAUAUUAAAUUGGAGAUUUGGGAUACAGCAGGUCAAGAACGUUAUAGAUCAUUAACCCCAAUGUAUUACAGAGGUGCAGCAGCAGCUGUUGUUGUUUACGAUAUUACUAAAAAGAAUACUUUUGAAACCUUAAAGAGAUGGGUAUCAGAACUUCAAAAACAUGCAUCACCAAAUCUUAUUUUAGCAUUGGCAGGUAACAAAGUGGAUUUACCAAAUAGAGAAGUACCAGUAGAUGAAGUUAACCGUUAUAUUUCAGAGUUGGGUAACGCCAUCUUUUUUGAAACCUCAGCCGCAUCUGGUCAAAAUAUUAAUGAACUUUUUAUUGAAAUUUGUAGAAGAUUAAUUGAAAAUUAUAAAUAA